GGGCCCGGGCGCAGCGCCCGAGUGCUCCGCCGGCCGGUCGCGCCCAGCAGUGCGGGCACAGGGCGUCGAGAGCGAGGGCGGCUGCAGGGAACUUGCGGCUCCAUGUCCUACGACGGAAGGUCCGGCGGCGGGGGCUACGGGCCCGUGCCGAGCCCGCACGGCGGCUACGACGGCGGCGGCGGGCCGCCCGGCGCCUACGACGCCGGCGGCUACGGCAGCUACCCGCCGACGCAGGCUGGCGGCUACGGCCACCCGGGCGGCUACGACCAAUCAGGCGGCUACGCUGGCGGCUACGGCGGCCAGCCUGGCGGCUACGGCCAGCAGCAGCAGCCUGGCGGCUACGGCCAGCAGCAGCAGCCUGGCGGCUACGGCCAGCCAGCGCCGCAG